GUUCCUUGCAGAUAAUUGCAUAGAUGUUCCCGGGUGUUGGAAGUUAAUUUCUACGAUGAAAAAUUGUAGUUUUUUCCUCGUUGCUUAUAUAACUUUUGUAUUUUUGUCGACAGCGGCCGUGUUAUGUUGGACGACUUUUGACGUGACAGAAUUAAACGCGUGUCCACCGCAGGACUCGAAGUUUCUCACGUUGGUUGAACGUUCCUUAGAACAGUGUGUUGAAGAAUGCACGCGAAGGAAAAGUUGCGCAGUUGUCGGAUAUAAGCGUGUACUUCGGUUAUGCGAACUUCAUAUGCACAGUUCGAUGCCGGUUGUUUCGGAUAACCAUUGUAUCAGAAUAAUGCGAGAUGACAUACACGGACCAAAGCAGGAUAGCUGUGGAGAGUGGCAAGUAUUCGAAACAACUGCCGGAGUUGAACAUUGUACAGUGAAAGAAUGUAAACCACAACCACCACUCAGAUAUGGGCAGUUCUUGGGAAAUAAAAAUGAAGUUGGUUCAAAGAAAGCGGUCAAGUGUAAUCAUGGAUAUAUCGAAGAGAACAACACUAAAUCUGUAGAGUGCUUGAAAGAAGGAAUCUGGAGCCACAAUGUAUCGUGCGUUCUUAAAGAUUGUGGUAAAGUACCAAAUAUAGAAAACGGAAUUGUAUCACCAGACACACCUGGUAAUACAACGUUCGGAUCUACGGCUACCGUGAACUGUCAUACUGGAUACGAAACUAACACGAGUAGCAUUUCAUGCCUGGGAACAGGACGUUGGUCUGCUCCAGUUUGCUCACCAAAAGACUGUGGUGCUGUAUCGAAUAUAAGUAAUGGAACGGUUACACUGGAUAUCACUGAUCAGACAACAUAUCAGUCAACAGCGUCAGUCAAUUGCUCCGUGGGAUAUGAGACAGUAAAUAAAACAAUAACAUGCCUAGCUACUGGAACCUGGAGUGCAUCUGAAUGCGUCAUUAAAUGUCCCAAUAAUACCGGGAUAAUUGAACUUGAAGAAGAUUUUCGACUUAAGAUUUAUACAGAUAAAAAGAGUCGUCCGCAGGCAGCAAAACAAUGUGCAAGUGAACCGAUACAUGGACAUCUCGUGGUGCUUGAUAAAGAGUGGAAAAUGAAUGCAGUCUCAAACAUCUUGACUUCGUGCUCGGGUUAUGCAGGUAAAGCUAACUUUUGGACAAAUGGAAACUGUUUUUCUGAGACGUGCAAUUUUACAGAUGGAGAAAGCAUGCCGACGGCGCAGCAGACAUUCUGGCACACCGAUAGACCAAACCGUAAUAAUAGGCGAUGUGUACGUGUGCAGAACAGAGAAGGAAUUUACAGGUGGAACGACAGAAUAUGUAGUGAAGAAUACCAUUAUAUAUGCGAAUACUGACGUUAUUUUCUUGAAUUAUUAUUAAUACAAUAACUUGUUAAAGUAUAGAAUCAGUCUAACGUAUAAAAUCAUUUUUAGGUAAUCAAACAAGGAAUUAUUAAUAUUUUCAAAAAACAAUAUCUAGUUAUUAACAAUGUGACCAUUUACUUAAAGGAUCCGUACGUUUUAAUUCGAAUUAGAAGAUAAUCAGAAAGUAUAUUUUUAUUCAUAUAAUAUAUACUGACGUGUAUUCAACUAACUGUCAGUUUGAUACAUUGAAGGGGUAACUUGCAAGCCUUAAUGUUUCGGCAAAUAUGUUCCGUGAUGGAUACACUGUUAUAAUUCUCUAAAUACAACAUAAUGCUCACUUAAUAAGCAAAAUUUAAAUAUUUCCCUCAGCUGGGAACAGCAAACAUAAUGGUUGUGUAAAGCAAUCCUGCAACAUAGCUAUACAUUCAUUGCGUACGCAAUAUGUUAAAAAUUGUAUAUGGCUGUAGUGGUAUACAUGCUAAGAUCUUUAAAGAUUUUCUGUUGUCUGCCUUAAUUUAGAUAUUAUAAUACCAACUGCACUUCUUGUUACAACAUGAGUAAAUGUAUCCAAUAAUAUUUGCCAAGACAGAAAGGUUCGAUAUGCCACCAGCUGAUAUAUAGGAACAUGGAUGUACCUGUGAAAGAGAUUUUAUGUUUAGCUCAUAGUCAGACAUCAUAGCUUUAUUUCCAGACGAUAUAUUAAGAAUUUUACUCCUAUACAGUAUAUCCCAGACAGCUUCAGUUAAUUAAGUGACUGAUAUAGUCACAAAUAAUUCGCUUUCAAACUUGACCUAUAUUUCUUAAAAAUAAACAGUCUGAACAAUAUUCAUUAUCAGACUAAACAUGUGGAAUCAAGAGUAUUAAGUGUUGAAAUGGUUUCACCUAGGUAUCUUAUAUUUGACUUCAACAACUCACUAUUGAAAUAAUGACCUAGAUUUUAUUUGGACAAAAAACUUGGCCAGGUUUCAUGUAAAUCAACUGCAAAAUCAACAUACGGUGUGUUAACAAGGAUUUUUUAAUAAUUUGACUUACUGACCUUGCAUCUGAACCCAGACAAUCCAAUUUUAAAUGUGUCUAAGAUUUUCUCAUGACCAGAUUUCUUGUAUCUGCUAAAGUAUCUAUGAUUUGAUCUAGUGACGGUGACCUAAUUUGUAACCCCAGAUAACCAGUUUCAAAUUCUUCCAGAUUUUUAUCUGGCAAACAUUUGCAUAAUGGAUUGGCGUUAAGAGUGAUAAUUUAUUACUUCAGGGUACAGUGACCUACUUUACUGAAUGGGGCUGUAAGCUUAACUGUACUUUCAUGGCAAGGUUACGGCCUAUUUUAAGUAAUUCUUUAUCUGGUUUGAUCUUGAAACUUUUGAUUUAGAACAACCUCACUUACUUUAUAAAUUCAUAUAAGCAGUAGUUCUUGUUAA